AUGGCGCCGGUUGCCGCGGCGACCAGAUGGCGGCUGCUGCUGGUGCUGAGCGCCGCGGGGCUCGGGGCUGCGGGCGCCCCCCAGCCUCCCAACAUCCUGCUCCUGCUUAUGGACGACAUGGGGUGGGGCGAUCUGGGGAUAUAUGGAGAACCUUCUAGAGAGACCCCGAAUUUGGACCGGAUGGCUGCAGAAGGGAUGCUUUUUCCAAGCUUCUACUCAGCCAACCCCCUGUGCUCGCCAUCACGGGCAGCUCUGCUCACUGGACGCCUACCCAUCCGCAAUGGCUUCUACACCACCAACAGGCACGCCAGAAAUGCCUACACACCGCAGGAGAUCGUGGGUGGCAUCCCAGACCAGGAGCACGUGCUGCCUGAGCUGCUGAAGGAGGCCGGCUAUGUCAGCAAGAUUGUGGGCAAAUGGCAUCUGGGCCACAGGCCUCAGUUCCACCCCCUGAAGCAUGGAUUCGAUGAAUGGUUUGGAUCCCCCAACUGUCACUUUGGACCUUAUGACAACAGGGCCAGGCCCAACAUCCCUGUGUACAGGGACUGGGAGAUGGUCGGCAGAUAUUAUGAGGAAUUUCCAAUUAACCUGAAGACUGGGGAGGCCAACCUCACCCAGGUGUACUUGCAGGAAGCCCUGGACUUCAUUAAGAGGCAACAAGCAGCUCAGCGCCCCUUCUUUCUCUACUGGGCCAUCGAUGCCACUCAUGCACCUGUUUACGCUUCCAGACCCUUCUUGGGCACCAGCCAACGAGGGCGGUAUGGGGAUGCCGUCCGGGAGAUUGACAACAGCGUUGGGAAAAUCCUGAGCCUCCUCCAGGACCUGAGGAUCUCUGAGAACACAUUUGUUUUCUUCACAUCGGACAAUGGCGCGGCCCUCAUUUCUGCUCCUAACCAAGGUGGUAGCAACGGCCCCUUUCUGUGCGGGAAGCAGACCACGUUUGAAGGUGGGAUGAGGGAGCCUGCGAUUGCAUGGUGGCCCGGGCGAAUCCCUGCAGGCCGGGUGAGCCACCAGCUGGGCAGCAUCAUGGACCUCUUCACCACCAGCCUGUCCCUGGCAGGCCUGGCACCGCCCAGCGACAGGGUGAUUGACGGCCUGGACCUGCUACCUGCCAUGCUGGGGGGCCAGCUGACAGACAGGCCGAUAUUCUAUUACCGUGGAGACACACUGAUGGCAGUCACCCUUGGCCAGUACAAGGCCCACUUCUGGACCUGGACCAAUUCCUGGGAGGAGUUCAGACAGGGCAUUGAUUUCUGCCCUGGGCAGAACGUCUCAGGAGUCACCACCCACACGCAGGAGGAGCACACGAAGCUGCCCCUAAUCUUCCACCUGGGACGAGACCCUGGGGAGAGGUUCCCCCUCAGUUUUGCCAGCACUGAGUACCUGGAUGUCCUUCAAAGGGUCACCCCCGUUGUCCAGCAGCACCAGAAGACCCUGGUCCCUGGACAGCCCCAACUCAAUGUGUGUGACCGGGCAGUCAUGAACUGGGCGCCCCCAGGCUGUGAAAAGUUAGGGAAGUGCCUGACGCCCCCAGAGUCCACCCCCAAGAAGUGCUCCUGGCCCCACUAG